AGUAUGCAAACUACAGAGGGAAUGUUGUGAAAACUAAAAGUACUACCGAGUCGUGCAGAUGUGCAAGAAAAUGCUAUGACAAGAUUGACAUUGCACAGAGAGGGAAAUUACUUGAUGCUAUACAUUCCUUUUCAUGCAAGAAUGAGCAAGACAUCUAUCUUCAAGGUUUGCUUGACGCUGUGCCAAUUAAACAUCGCCGACCAAGGAAUGGUGACAAGUCUGGAAAAAGGUCAUCCUCCUUCACUUUCCAUGUAGUUAUUCAAGAACGAAGAGUGAAAGUGUGCAAGAAAGCAUUCAUUCAGUUAUAUGGAGUAUCUGCCAAGAGGGUAAGGAGACUGCAAACAUUGUUACUAUGUGGACAAACUCCAAAAGACAUGCGAGGCCAACAAAACAAUAGGAAGUCGGUGCCUGUUGGUGAUGUUCAGGCCAUCAAAGACCACAUAUCUUCAUUUCCUGUCAAGAUAAGCCACCAUGCAUCCAAAGAAUAUAAAUAUCUUGAUGCGCAGUUGGAUAUAAAGAAGAUGCAUACACUGUUCAAAGAGAAAUUUCCUGAUUGUAAAGUUAAGUAUUCUUUCUAUUACAAGAUUUUCAGGGAAAAUUUCAAUCUCCACUUUGGGAGACCACAGAUAGACACCUGUGGAGAAUGUGAACAACUGAAGGUCAAGAUAAAAAAUCCUAAUCUUAAUGAAUGUGCUAAGCGAGUUGCCAUGGCCGAGCUGGCCAUUCAUGAAAGAAGGAGUAACAAGUUUUACACAAGCAUGAAAGACACGAAACACAUUUGCAAAAACAAUGAUAGUGUGUUAGGGUUAACGUUUGAUUAUAUGCAGAACAUUUCACUGCCCUGCAUUCCAGUACAAGAGCUUUUUUACUAUCGCCAGCUUUCGGUGUUUCCCUUUGCCAUACAUAACCUGAAAACAGAUGAGGCGAGUUUAUUUUUAUAUCACGAAGGGCAGGCAAAUAAAGGGCCAAAUGAAACAUGCUCUUUUCUCCACAAAUACAUAAGUGACAACGUGCCUCCAUGUGUUAAAGAACUGCACCUUUACAGUGAUGCUUGCGGAGGGCAGAAUAAGAACAAUUGCAUGGUAAGAUUCUUGUUAUCACUUACUGACACCAACAGAUUUGACAUUAUUAUCCAUCGGUUUCCGAUACGUGGUCAUUCAUAUCUUGCUUGCGAUCGUGAUUUUGCACUGGUGAAACGUGUUCUUAAAAAGACUGAUAGAUACUAUGUACCCAUGGAGGUCUGCCAACUUAUUACAUCUGCAGGAGUUCCUGGAAAAUUCACAGUCAACAUGGUAACAUCUGAUGACGUGUUGGACUUCAAGAAUUGGUGGCCCAGCCAUUACAAAAAGACAUGCUUAUCAUUGGAAAGCCAGAGUAAAGCAGUUCCGCGAAGCCAGAAGCAAGACUUUGCUGUAUCAAGGUUUGUAGAGUUCCAGUACAACAGUCGCCAUAAAGGUACUGUAGUUGCUUCCGAAUUCAUUGGCGGCCUUGUGUCACAUACUUUUGUGCUUCGUCAAUCAUCCGACAAAAGUUUGAAUCCUACUAUUCCUGUUCAAAAGGCGUAUCCUGCGAAAAAUGUGCCAAUUAAUGCAAAGAAGAUUAUUGACUUAAAGAAGGUUCUCCGUUAUGUUCCAGGUGAACACAGAGACUUCUACGAUGAGAUUAUCCAGUGGCCUACCAAGCAAACAGACUGAGCUACCAUGCCAUUGUAACAGGCAUUGUUACAUAAUAACAUACAAAGUGUGAAGUUAUAUUAACACCUUUUGUACAUGUUUUCAAAACAAUGUGUAGUCUUACAUCACUGUUGUUUAAAGUGAAAUGAUGCUUUAGUACAUAACUUUUGUGGUGUUGUUUAAAGAGGGUAUGCCUGUGAUGUUAUGCAUUAUAAGGUCAGUGAAAAUGGCGUAAAGUGUUCAAUAAUAUGGUGUACACGUUUACUGAACUAUAUCUAGGUUGAAUUACAUCAUUGUAUUUCGA